AGCCGACUACGCAGUAUCGAUCGAUUACCGCUCAGAGUGUGGUGGGGGUAGGCAGCUGCAACCGGUAUUCCUUUGUUUGGUUGUUGACCCCAUUUAGUAGGCAACAUGGUUUGGACCGGUGUACAUCGUGGUUUUGCCGUGCGGGCUUAUUACGAAAACAACCGAUCUGUGAUCGCUACACAGCGCGCUUUCCGGCGACAGUUUAACAUUCCGCGCAAUGACAAUGUUCCAAAUGCAAACACGAUUCGAUCUUGGGUUCGGCGAUUGGAGGAAACUGGAAACACAUUAAGAGGAAAUAAACAUGGCCGAUUCAAAAACGUCAGAACGCCAGAAAAUGUUGUACAGGUGAGAACAGCUGUUCAAAAUUCGCCGACACGUUCUGCUCGAAGACAUGCUAUCGCAUUGGGGAUGUCGGAUCGCAGUUUGAGGAGGAUUCUGAAAUUUGAUUUGAAGUUUCAUCCCUACAAAAUAAUGUUUGCUCAAGAAUUGCGCCCAGAUGACUAUGUCAGCCGUCGCAAUCUGUGUGAGCAAAUGCUUGCAGCCAUCCAUCCAAAUGCAGCUUUCUUCAGUAGCGACGAGGCUCAUUUCCACCUCAACGGGUAUGUAAAUAAACAAAAUUUUCGCUACUGGUCUGAAAAUAACCCUCAAAUUGUUCAUGAAAGACCGCUUCAUUCUUCCAAAGUGACGGUGUGGUGUGCCGUAUCUCAGUUUGGCGUGAUAGGCCCCUACUUUUUUGAGGAGGAAGGCGUUACCGUGACUGUUAAUUCCGCACGUUAUGUUGCAAUGUUGCAAAAUUUCCUGCAACCCAGGAUGAAUGAAAUUGUUGAAGAACAUGAAUUGGGGGACUUGUGGUUCCAACAGGAUGGGGCUACAGCUCACACUGCUCGAGCUUCACUUCAUGUUUUGAGAGAAAUCUUUCCUGAACGUCUCGUCUCUUUGAGGGGUGAUGUCGGGUGGCCUGCACGCUCACCAGAUUUGAGCAUCUGUGAUUACUUUCUUUGGGGGUAUCUAAAAGAAAAGGUGUUCAAGAGACGACCCCACACCAUAGCAGAGCUAAGACAAAGGAUUAUUGAAGAAGUGAACGCCAUACCCCGAGACAUUUGUGCAAGAGCUACAGAGAACUUCAGACAUCGCUUACAACAAUGUGUUGAUGCCAACGGCCGCCAUCUUAGCGACAUUAUUUUUAAAACAUAAGUGGAUGUAAAAUGGUAUGUACUACUAAUUCAGAUUAUUUAAAUACAUUGUCUCUAAAUAUAAAGAAUUGUUUUUUAUUGCUCCUCAAAACUGCUUAGUCGGCUUUGCCGCACCCUGUACCUACCAUGUUAUUUAGCAUUAGGGCUUUAAUGAUAAUUCACUCGGUUUAACCACAGGCCAGUGGAAAUUGCCAUAGAAAUAAGUAAUUGUGGUAAUAGGUUAUACAAAAUUGGUUAGUGGAGGUAUAUUCUUGGCCUUUGUUUUAGAUUCUGAUCAUGUCUAAAGAAUUAACAGACAAAUGCCUUUUGAGCAUUUCAACCCGACAA